AAAAAAACAAAGAAAAUACAUGUGUAAACGAAAAUCUUUCGCGUACCAAGCAACGGUUGUGCAUCGUCCUACAAAGAAUAUGCAAUUUUGCUUCGAAACAUUGCAGUGAUGCAUCUCGCUAGUGUAAUUGGAACGGUUUGGUGAAAAGUAAACAAUCAAGCGUGUGCUGUAAAAAGACAAACCGAAGCUUUAAAUCACCUAACCUCACAACAACACAAGUAGCGGUCGACGCAGUCUCAGUGUGAUGUAGGACAGCAAAGCGUCGUAACGGAUUUUAUCGCCUACAGCUAAUUGCUUACAUGUUUGGAUAGAGGGAAAAUAGUGUAACUUUUGUUGUUGUUUCCUAAACAUUAAAUGUAGUAACAUUCUCCCACAGUAGGGAAUUGUGCAGUUUUCAGAGAAAGAAAGAGAGUGAAAGAGACAGUGAUCGACUAGUUCGUUGCUUUGAUGUGAGCAAACAAGGUGUGAAAUUGGUUUUUGUGAAGAAAUAAAAACCAGCACAAGAUUGUGGUUGAGAAAAGAAUCAUGAAAUCUCCACUUCCAUUACCGGAGCUAUUUGAGGAGGAUGAAUUUUCGUUCACCUUCAAGAAGCCUCGCGGACUGAAUGAUGCGUUUCAUCGGCGAAGACCACCAAAGCUAGUGCAUCCGUUCAAUCGCAGCAUUAACGCAUCAGUCGCUAAUGCGAUCUCGUUCAUCGAUGAUAGUCGAACGGAGUUAAGCACAUUGUACAACAGGAAUAUACCGGAUACAUACUACGAACAGUGCUUCGAACAGCUGACAAAGGUGGGCGAAGGUUCAUUCGGAGAGGUAUUCAAAGUGCGAAGCCGUGUCGAUGGCCGGCUUUACGCGGUGAAAAAAUCCAAAGCCUACUUCCGUAGCACGCAGUGUCGGGAACUGUGCCUGGAAGAGGUACGCCGAUACGAGCAGUUUUCCGACCAUGAGAACUGUGUCAAAUUGUACCUGGCAUGGGAACAGGAGGACAGGCUGUACAUGCAGAUGGAGCUGUGCCGUGAGAAUCUGGAGGUGUAUGCACGGGAACAGCAACAGCUACCGGACGAGCGGAUUUGGUCGAUCAUGUUGGAUCUGUUGCUCGCCCUAAAAAGCUUGCACGAUCGCAACCUUAUCCAUUUGGACAUCAAACUGGAUAACAUUCUUGUCACGGACGAUGGUACCUGCAAGCUGGCCGAUUUUGGAAUUGUGUUUGAUUUGACAAAAAGCAAUCCGCGGUACGCGACCGAAGGCGAUUCGCGCUACAUGGCACCGGAGCUGAUGGAGGGCAAGUACACGAAGGCGGCCGAUAUUUUCAGCCUCGGGAUAGCCACACUGGAGCUGGCCUGCAAUCUGGAGCUUCCGGCAAAUGGGCGUUUGUGGCAGCGUUUGCGCAGCGGUCAACCACUGCCGGAAAAUUUGGCGUGCAAUAUUUCGCCCUCGCUGAAAGCCAUCAUCCAUAGCAUGAUGCAUCCAGUGCCGGACGAACGGCCCACGGUUGAUAUGCUACUGAAGCAUCCAAUCGUGCACAAAGUAUACGAAGCGCGAAAGCGGCGACGCGUUUGGGGGCGUAUGAAAUCCUACCUCCACCGGAAGCUAUCCAGCCUGAGCGGGUUUUUCAUGCUUGUGGUGAUGUGGUUGGUGGCGUGCUUUCGACUACAGCAUCGAAAAGAAUCGCCGGGAGGAGCCAAAUCACCAAAGGCUAGCAAAACCAACAUUGGUUACAAUCGUUCGCAUCUGCUAUUUGGCAACUGUUCUCGAACUGCUUGCGCAGUGUCCCAAGAUCUGUUACAAAAUCAGAGCUCAAGUCUGUUGGCGGGAGGCAUCCACGAGGAUGAGGUGGAUGUAGAUUUGAACAGAACCGGGUUCGAUAGCAGCACCUGUACGGCUGCUGGCGAUGAUACGGACUGUGAUCGUACGGCGGGCACUAAUGGUGGCGCAGAGAAGGAAAGUGUACAAAUUACCCCCACAUUGAACAACUCCAUGCCACCGACCCGCACACCGACGGUACGGAUUGUUAACUCAACGCCCCUGAACCACGACCAUCUACAGUAUCAACACCACCUGCCGUAUCAUCCAAAUUCGCAUAGUCACUCUGGAUCGCGGCAUACGAGUCGCGUAUUCUGUUCGCCUUUUCGCAUUUUAUGGUUCGAGGACGAUGCGAACGAUCUGUCGAUACUGAACGAUACACACCGGAACUCGAAAGCGAUUUCCUCUAGCUCACCACCACUUAAUGAUAGUGAUAAUGAUUUUCGUCCACUUGGAUCGCCCUCGCACGAUCUGAGUGUAUCGUCCGGGCAGGCCGAAGAUGCGCCAGGGAAUUACGUCACUGCAUCGUCAUCCAUCGGUGGUAGCGGACAAUCGAUUACGAGCACUCCAAACAGUUCCUUAUUCAAAAUAAUAAGAACAAGCAACAUGGCCAACGGUCUAGCUGCUGCUGCUUCAUCAGGCUGUGAUACUGCACUGUCCACGGGAUAUUCGUCGUUUCUUAUUAAGAAAAAAUUACGCUUUAACGCUGAAGAUGAUGAUUCCGACUGAGGUCGGUGGUUUCUUCCUACCCUAUAUCUGUACACAAUGUACGUGUACGAUCAACGAGCGUCUUUAAAACAAAAACAAAACAACGUGCCGUGGUUUGAUCAACACCCAGAAACAAUCGAAUCGCAACUAAUCAAGAUCAGAUCUCAGUGCUUAGGGGCCAAACGUUAACCAAAAGAAAUAGCUCUCUUUCUAUCUCUCUUGCUCUGCUGGUUUGCUUCUCGUCAACCAUUCUAUUAUUGUUUUAUUAUUGAGCAAAUAACGUUAAAAUCGGUGUAAUAUGAUAGUAUGUGAAAGUUUUUAAAUUCUGUAUCUCAAUACAACCUAAAUCGUGAAUGCACUAGAGUGCAUUUCAUCAACACACACUAAAACGCAAUUGGGCGUAAAACCAAUGUGAUAUCAUAUGUAAAAAAAAAUUGUAUAACUAUUCCCCAUUUCUUCCUUUAAUUCCGUACACCGUGAUGCGCUAACAUUGUGUACAGCAUCGUACUAAACCGUACAGAAAGCACACAGCCCGUUGGUGAAGAUUUUAAUUUCCUACUACGAUCACACGUUUGUAUCGAAAUGGUGUUGUCGCGAACCUAAAACAAAACAAAACACGUGCGCGCAUUCAAAAUGCUGCUGCAUGUCAUCGUAAGGAGUUUAGGUCACAUAACGGUAAACAAAAUCUAGUUAACACAGGCAACAAUUAUGCUAGUUCAUAAAGGAAGAUACAAUAGGUUCCAACUGCAGCCAAACAUAGCGCCCGGGUACAAGAAUACGCUUGUACUAAUUUGGCCUAGCUACUAAUGGCACGCUUUCCUAGUUGUGAUUUAGCUAUUCAUUUACGGGGGUUUUUGCAUGUGGAUAGAUUCAUUAGGGAGUAGUAUACAAGCAUAAUCGCUCAACUUCAUUAGUCAAUAUUUUUAAAAUCCAUUCCAAAGGCAACAUACAUACAGUCUGCGAGACAUACGGAAGAGGGUAGAAAAUGUACUUUUGGGAGCAAAAUAAAAGGAUGAUCGGAAUAAAGUCAAUUAGUAGUAAAAGGAUAUGAUAAACAGCUGUAAAAUAAACAA